AUCUCUGGCAAGGGAAAGCAUUUUUUUAGGGGUGUGGAUUGCACAGGAGACAGAACACAUCAGCCCUGAAGGCAGACAAUAUUUGGGAGACAUCUUCUCAUCAUCUGUGCCUCCUCUCCCCAUCCAUUGUUCCCAUCCCCCUCCAUCCUGCCCCUGGGAAGGUGUCUGGCUGUUUGUGUUGCACCUGCCCUGUGCGCAGCAGCAUCGUGUAGAUCUCUCCCUGUCCUCCUCCUCCUCCUCCUCCUCCCAUCCACAAUACAGGAGCUGCUGAUCGGGGACACGCCUGGCACACGGGGACACGGCGAUCCGGGCACCCCAGACCUGGAAUUACCGGACAUCCAUGGAAUAGAGGAGAUUCCCGGAUCCUGCGGGAGAAGAAGCCUCGGAGGAGAGCAUUGUUCCUUCCCAUCGCCUGGAAUUCCAUUAUGAAAGGAGCGAAGCAGUAAAUUUAAAAGUUGCAGGAUGAAAAGAUGGCGCAGGCACGACUUGUACCACCAGGACCCGACAGCAUCCGCUAUUUCACCAGGGAAUCCCUCGAAGCUAUCGAGAAACGCAUCACAGAGGAAAAAGCAAAGAAACCCAAACAAGAGCACAAACUUGACGACGACGAAAAUGGCCCCAAGCCAAGCAGUGACUUGGAAGCGGGCAAAAGUCUGCCAUUUAUAUAUGGCGACCUACCACCUGGAAUGUCAUCAGAGCCACUGGAGGACCUAGACCCAUAUUAUAUGAAUCAGAAAACUUUUAUAGUGUUGAAUAGAGGGAAGACACUCUUCCGUUUCAGUGCCACGUCUGCCGUGUACAUUUUAACCCCCUUCAACCCUCUUAGAAAAGUAGCUAUUAAAGUUUUGGUACAUUCAUUAUUCAGCAUGCUCAUUAUGUUCACUAUCUUGACCAACUGCGUGUUCAUGACCAUGAGUAAUCCCCCGGAAUGGACGAAGAAUGUAGAAUACACAUUUACUGGAAUCUAUACAUUCGAGUCUCUGAUAAAAAUUCUCGCAAGGGGUUUUUGUCUAGAAAAAUUUACUUUCCUAAGAGACCCAUGGAACUGGCUGGAUUUCAGUGUAAUCGUUAUGGCAUAUGUCACAGAGUUUGUGGACCUGGGCAAUGUUUCAGCACUGAGAACAUUCAGAGUUCUCCGAGCAUUGAAAACAAUUUCAGUCAUUCCAGGCCUGAAGACCAUUGUGGGUGCCCUGAUUCAGUCGGUUAAGAAGCUUUCGGAUGUGAUGAUUCUCACAGUGUUUUGUCUGAGUGUCUUUGCACUAAUAGGACUACAGCUUUUUAUGGGACACCUACGGAAUAAAUGCUUACUGUGGCCUCCACUAUACAGCGGUUCUGAAAUGAAUAUCACAUCCUACAUCAAUGGCACAAUGAACAACAACAGCACGUUUUUCAAUAGAACCUUUCCUGAAUAUGACUGGCAGGAAUACGUUGAAGAUGAAUCACACUUUUACAAGCAAGAAGGUCAGAAGGAUUUUUUGCUGUGCGGUAACUCAUCAGAUUCAGGUCAAUGCCCAGAAGGAUAUAUGUGUAUUAAAAUUGGGAGAAACCCCAACUAUGGGUAUACGAGUUUUGAUACAUUCAGCUGGGCGUUCUUAUCCUUGUUUCGACUAAUGACUCAAGACUACUGGGAGAACCUCUAUCAGCUGACUCUUCGAGCCGCUGGUAAGACCUACAUGAUCUUCUUUGUGCUGGUGAUCUUUUUGGGCUCCUUUUAUCUGGUCAAUCUGAUCCUGGCUGUGGUAGCUAUGGCGUAUGAGGAACAGAAUCAGGCAACAUUGGAAGAAGCAGAGCAGAAAGAAGCUGAAUUUCAGCAAAUGUUGGAGCAACUUAAAAAACAACAAGAAGAUGCUCAGGCAGCAGCUAUAGCAGCACUAAAUCUAUCAAAAGAGUACAGCGAAGAUGGUGGCUUUGGACCACUUUCUGAAAGUUCAUCAGAGGCUUCCAAGCUAAGCUCCAAAAGUGCCAAAGACCGACGGAACCGGAAGAAGAAAAGAAGACAGAAGGAGCUUGGAGAGGAUGAUGAGAAAGGGGACAAUGAGAAAUUUCCAAAGUCUGAAUCGGAAACAAGUAUCAAGAGGAAAGGUUUUCGUUUCUCUAUUGAAGGAAACCGGCUGACCUAUGAAAACAAGUUCUCUUCUCCGCAUCAGUCAUUGUUGAGUAUCCGUGGAUCUCUAUUUUCUCCAAGACGUAACAGCAGAGCCAGCAUCUUCAGCUUCAGAAACCGUGCAAAAGACAUUGGGUCAGAGAACGACUUUGCAGAUGAUGAACACAGCACUUUCGAGGACAAUGAGAGCAGAAGAGGUUCUUUAUUUGUACCUCACAGACACGGAGAAAGGCGAAACAGCACUAUCAGCCAAACUAGUAAAUCGUCCAAGGCAGUGCUUCCAGUGAAUGGGAAGAUGCACAGCACAGUGGACUGCAAUGGAGUAGUGUCUCUAAUGGGAGGUCCAUCUGUCCCGACAUCGCCUGUUGGACUUCUUCUGCCAGAGGUGAUAAUAGAUAAACCAGCUUCUGAUGACAAUGGAACUACGACGGAGACUGAGAUAAGAAAGCGUAAGGCGAGCUGUUAUCAGGUUUCUAUGGAUCUGUUGGAAGAUCCAAUAGUCACGAGACAGAGAGCCUUGAGCGUUGCUAGUAUUUUGACCAACACAAUGGAAGAACUUGAAGAAUCCAGGCAGAAGUGUCCUCCAUGUUGGUACAAGUUUGCAAACACCUUCUUAAUCUGGGACUGCUCUGAUUCGUGGCUGAGGAUAAAGCAUAUUGUUAAGCUGGUUGUAAUGGAUCCUUUUGUGGACCUGGCUAUAACAAUUUGCAUUGUUCUAAACACAUUAUUCAUGGCUAUGGAACAUUACCCCAUGACCGAAGAAUUUAAUUACGUCCUUAGUGCUGGAAACUUGGUUUUCACUGGAAUCUUUACAGCAGAAAUGAUAUUUAAGCUGAUUGCCUUAGAUCCAUACUAUUAUUUCCAAGAAGGCUGGAACAUUUUUGAUGGUAUCAUUGUGAGCCUCAGUUUAAUGGAGUUGGGUCUGGCUAAUGUGGAAGGAUUAUCAGUGCUUAGGUCAUUCAGAUUGCUCCGAGUCUUCAAGUUGGCAAAAUCAUGGCCUACCCUCAACAUGCUGAUCAAGAUCAUUGGUAACUCUGUAGGAGCUCUGGGAAACUUGACUUUGGUGUUGGCCAUCAUUGUGUUUAUUUUCGCUGUGGUGGGCAUGCAGCUGUUUGGUAAAAGCUACAAGGAAUGUGUCUGCAAGAUCUCAGAGGACUGUGAGCUUCCACGCUGGCACAUGAAUGACUUCUUCCAUUCCUUCCUAAUUGUGUUCCGUGUAUUGUGUGGAGAAUGGAUCGAGACUAUGUGGGACUGUAUGGAGGUUGCUGGACAAUCUAUGUGCCUUUUGGUCUUCAUGUUAGUGAUGGUCAUUGGCAAUCUUGUGGUUUUGAAUUUGUUCCUGGCCUUGUUGCUGAGUUCAUUUAGUUCCGACAACCUCACAGCAACAGAUGAUGACAAUGAGAUGAACAACCUUCAGAUUGCUGUGGGAAGAAUACAUGUGGGAAUAGAUUUUGUAAAGAAAACAAUGCGAGAAUGCAUGCAAAAAGCCUUUGUGAAGAAACAGAAAGCUCUCGAUGAAAUCAAACCACUCGAGGAGCUGCACAAUCGGAAAGAGAGCUGUCUUUAUAACCAUAAUGCCGUUGAUAUUAAUAAAGACCUAGAUUAUCACAAAGGUGGCAAUGGAACUACAAGUGGAGUAGGCAGCAGUAUGGAAAAGUAUAUUAUCGAUGAGAGUGAUUACAUGUCCUUUAUACAUAACCCAAGCCUCACCGUGACUGUUCCCAUCGCUGUUGGGGAAUCUGAUUUUGAAAAUCUCAAUACAGAAGACUUCAGCAGUGAAUCUGACCUGGAAGAAAGUAAAGAGAAGCUGAACAUGACCAGCUCAUCUGAAGGUAGCACAGUGGAUAUCAGGCCCCCUGGGAUAGUUGUGGAAGGAGAAGGGGAGCUGGUGGAUAUUGAACCGGAGGAAGCUAUGGAGCCAGAUGCCUGCUUCACAGAAGGAUGUGUAAAAAGGUUUCCAAUUUGCACUGUGAACAUUGAUGAAGAAAAUGGCAAGACUUGGUGGAGAUUCAGAAAAACCUGCUACACAAUUGUUGAACACAACUGGUUUGAAACCUUCAUUAUCUUCAUGAUUCUUCUUAGUAGUGGAGCAUUAGCUUUUGAAGAUAUCUACAUAGAACAAAGGAAAACAAUUAAAACCAUGCUGGAAUAUGCUGAUAAAGUCUUCACGUACAUCUUUAUCCUUGAAAUGCUUCUGAAAUGGGUGGCCUAUGGAUUUGUAAAAUAUUUCACCAAUGCCUGGUGCUGGUUGGACUUCCUGAUUGUUGAUGUGUCUCUCGUUAGCUUAGUAGCCAAUGCCUUGGGAUACUCAGAACUAGGGGCUAUUAAGUCCCUAAGGACAUUAAGGGCCUUGAGACCACUAAGAGCCCUUUCACGUUUUGAAGGGAUGAGGGUGGUUGUAAAUGCACUGAUCGGAGCCAUUCCCUCCAUUAUGAACGUGCUACUGGUUUGUCUGAUAUUCUGGUUGAUUUUCAGUAUAAUGGGCGUCAAUUUGUUUGCGGGAAAGUAUUAUCAUUGCGUUAAUACUACUACUGGUGAAAUGAUCUCAAUUACUAAAGUUGAAAACCAGUCGGAAUGCAUGCAGCUAAUAAAGGCCAACGAAAGUGCGAGGUGGAAGAACGUUAAAGUCAAUUUUGAUAAUGUAGGAGCUGGUUAUCUUGCUUUACUCCAAGUGGCAACGUUUAAAGGCUGGAUGGAUAUUAUGUACGCUGCAGUUGACUCGCGAAAGCUGCAAGAGCAACCUAAAUAUGAAGACAACUUAUAUAUGUAUUUAUACUUUGUCAUCUUUAUCAUAUUUGGCUCCUUUUUCACUCUGAACCUCUUCAUUGGUGUUAUUAUUGACAAUUUCAACCAACAAAAAAAAAAGUUUGGAGGUCAAGACAUCUUCAUGACAGAGGAGCAAAAGAAAUAUUAUAAUGCCAUGAAAAAACUGGGGUCCAAGAAGCCACAAAAGCCCAUUCCAAGACCACCGAACAGAUACCAAGGUUUUGUGUUCGAUAUUGUAACAAGGCAAGCUUUUGACAUCACCAUCAUGAUACUUAUUUGCCUUAACAUGGUAACAAUGAUGAUUGAAACAGAUGAACAAAGCGACGAUAUGGAAAACAACUUGUACUGGAUCAACUUGGUCUUCAUUGUCCUGUUCACUGGUGAAUUUAUUAUGAAACUGGUCUCACUGCGGUAUUAUUACUUCACAAUUGGCUGGAACAUAUUUGAUUUUGUUGUUGUCAUUCUCUCUAUUGUUGGCAUGUUUCUGGCUGACAUGAUAGAAAACUAUUUUGUUUCUCCAACAUUAUUCAGAGUUAUAAGACUUGCCAGGAUUGGGAGAAUCUUGCGUCUCAUUAAAGGAGCGAAGGGAAUUCGUACUCUGCUUUUUGCUUUGAUGAUGUCACUUCCUGCCCUGUUCAAUAUUGGUCUUCUGUUGUUUUUAGUGAUGUUCAUUUACGCUAUCUUUGGAAUGUCCAACUUUGCCUAUGUCAAGAAAGAAGCAGGAAUUGAUGACAUGUUUAAUUUUGAAACAUUUGGCAACAGUAUGAUUUGCUUAUUCCAAAUCACUACAUCAGCUGGAUGGGAUGGCUUAUUAGCACCUAUUCUGAACAGUGGAGCACCAGACUGCGACCCACAUGCAGAACACCCUGGGAGUUCAGUCAGAGGGGAUUGUGGAAACCCCUCUGUUGGGAUUUUCUUCUUUGUGAGUUAUAUCAUCAUAUCAUUUUUAGUGGUGGUAAACAUGUAUAUUGCUGUAAUUUUGGAAAACUUUAGUGUUGCUACGGAGGAAAGUGCAGAACCCCUUGGAGAGGAUGACUUUGAGAUGUUUUAUGAAGUUUGGGAAAAGUUUGAUCCAGAUGCAACACAAUUUAUUCAGUACAGUAAAUUGCCUGAUUUUGCUGACGCUCUGGAUCCACCUCUUCGUAUACAAAAACCAAACAGAGUUCCGCUUAUUGCAAUGGAUCUUCCCAUGGUAAGUGGUGACCGAAUUCAUUGCCUUGACAUCUUGUUUGCCUUUACGAAGCGAGUGUUGGGUGAAGGAGACGAAAUGGAUAAUCUUCGCCAACCAAUGGAAGAACGGUUCAUGGCAUCCAACCCUUCAAAGGUCUCCUAUGAACCAAUUACAUCUACCUUAAGGAGAAAACAAGAGGAAUUGUCAGUGGUCAUCAUUCAGCGUUGUUUCCGGCGCUAUAUUUUACGGAAAACUAUUAAACAAGCUUCAUUAAUGUAUAGAAAAGAUAAAAUGAAAGAAGUUAAUUGCUUGCCAAUUAAAGAAGACAUGGGUAUUGAUAAGCUUAAUGGGAACUCAACUUCAGAUAAGACUGAUAUAACACCCUCUACAACAUCACCUCCAUCAUACGAUAGUGUAACAAAACCAGAAAAGGAAAAACAUGAAAAAGACAAAGCAGAAAAAGAGGACAAAAGCAAAGAUGCCAGGGAGAAUAAAAAAUAAAACUGCACAUUUUUUCAUUUGUGUGAUAAAUUGUUUACAACCUGUGAAGAUGACCCAUCUGUGUCAACAGGACUCCUCUGGGAGAUCUAUGCCAAACUGACAGUUCUUGCAUACAUGUACUCAAGGUCAGUGCCUAUAAUAAGACAGUGACCUCUUGUCAAGAGAUGGUGUAUCAGCCUUGACUGGUGGUUACUGUUUAAAUAACCAGUUGACACUUCUUACGCAGAGGGCCAAAAACGGCUUCUCAGUCUGUUGGGACCAGUCAUGGGAAUGCAAACUCUUAUUGUUUGUGUGUUUCACAUAAAACACUGUAGUACAAUAAUUGUGUCCACUGUUUGCAUUUUCAAUUAACAUACUGCCAUAUGUUUACAGACUUGUGUUAGUGGAUCAACUGUUUUUUUUUAUAAUUUGUAGGUCAUUUAUUUAUAUAUGUGACUAUUUUUGUAUAUGGGUUUUACAGUACAUUGGGGAUAUAAUACAACCUUUAAAAAAAUAUUAUAAGUCUAAGAAAAAAAAAAAAAAGACGACCACACACUGUACAUGUGAGGAGGUUAUUCACAUUAACUCGAGCAGGUCAGUGAGCACUCGCAGAAAAUAAGAAGGCACACCUAAGCUUUUUCAAAAAUUGACAUCUAUGUGUGGGCUAGGAUAGAAAAGUGGUUGCACCUACAAUAUCAUCCCAGAAGUGUCUGUGAAAUAAAGUCACUGUAACGCAUAUGGCAAAUCUACUUCUUAAGGUCGUCUUGCUGCUCAAAAAGAAAUGAAUCAUAAAGAGCACUCUCCUCUUUGUCCAGAUCUCUAGGUAACAUCUCACAUUUCCCAGGUAAAUUAAAAAGUGAUUUUUAAUAGCGGUGAGUUACAGAUUUAUGUUUGGAUCAAAAGAGUAGAAAAUAUAUCAAUGGAGUGCAUAUAUUAAAACCAAACAAAAUGGAAGAUUCUUUGGAUUGUGAGUGAUAUUUAGUGAACAAGAUUAUUUAAUAAAACAAAAAUUCCUAUAAAUAUAGAGUAAUGUCACUUAUUUGUAUAUUUAUUUUAUCGAAACAGUUAUAUUUAAUAAUUAUGCACUGUUAAGUUAUAUAACAAAAUAGGGAUUGUGAUGAUUUUUGGGGGAAAGCAUAUAUUUAAGAAAAUAUAUAUAUCAUUGUUUAUUAAGAAGGUUUAGAAUGGAUAGAUGGAUAGUCACUUGCAGAGAGUUAGCCAUUGCACGUGAAUAAAAUUGUGCAAGCUGAGGUCAACAACUCAAGAUCAUUUCUCUGACCCAUUAUGUGCCUGUGAACUACUGAGUCUUUGUACUAUGGAAUUAUAAUAGGUGUGUUUUGCAAAAGGACAACAACUCCUAUUGUGCUUGCCUAAAUGGUCUGUCUACAAAAGAACAGACCAGAUGACAGCGCAACAUCAGUCAUUUUGAAAGUGUUCCAUAGUGGAAUGUACAACAGAAAUUAUUAAGGCAAAACACACCUCCCCGUAAGAAGCACGUCUAUACAUGCUUAACUAUAUAAAAGUAGGUUGUGGCUGUACUAUGUAUAGGGCCCAUGCCGUUUAACGGUUUAGAAAGCAGCGAUUGACAAGACUCCAUUUGAAAUUUUCGCUAGACCUCUGUAUGAAAUGCAUUUCUUGUUCCGCAAUCAAUAGUGGGAGAAUGGCCAAUAUGUACUUCAUUGAUGUUGAAUAUCAAGUUUGUUGAUGAUGUUGGAAUUUUAUGUCUACAACAACAGACUGAUGUGAUCACAUGAUGACAUAUUCCACAAAAUGCAAAUCAUGACACUUAAAGAGGUGUAUCAUUUUAUUGAUUUCACUGGUGAAAACAAAUUAAUCAAUAAAUGGGCGUCUUCCCUGAAUGAUUGUAAUUCUUUUUUGACACAAACUCAUGCAAAAGAAACUGUUGCUUCAUAAAUGAAGAAAUAGCUGUUACACUGUUGCCAAAACCAGUUGUGUACCGUCUUAACAAUUCUGUGUUACAAAAAAAAAAGUGAUAGUACCUUACAAAUGUCAAUGUAGACUCGGUCUUUUGAAAAAAAAUGCAAGUGUUUUGAUAAUAUAUUAUACAAACUGUCUUGAAUGUACAUUGUAGAUAAAACAGCAAUUGUAUUCCACUUAGCAUGUCACUGUAUGGACUCCUUCAACAUAUAUUCCAUACAAAGUGUCUUAAUUAUAUUUUUGUCUUAUACAGUGUGCAGGAUACCGUAUGGACACAAAACAUUAACAUAAAUGCAGGGCCCCCAUUCAUCACAUUUUUUUUUUUUUUACGUCUGAAAAAAAAAAAACUUUACCUGGAUCUUUAUGUGACAUUUUCUAAGACUCUUUAUUUCAGCUGAUAGUUGAAAAUUAAUAAAAAUAAGUAUUGGCUACUUAAAAUGA